GACGUGCAUAGCUGUCAAAGUCAUAGCCAGACUUGGUUGCCACUUGAAUGCCAAUGUGAUGUAAAGUGUAUGGUCAAAAAUCACAUCCACACGUUUUUCUGCCAUUUAAUAUGAAUAGAAAAUUUGUGCAUAGCCUGACUUGGGUGCCAGUUGAAUGUCAUUGUGCUAUAAUGGUAAGUGGAUGGUCAAAAGUCACAGCCACACGUUUUUCCUGCUAUUUAAAAUGAAUGGAAAAUUUGGACGUGCGUAGUCGACAACGGCAUGGAUGUGCAUGGCCUGCAAAAAAGCCAUAUAUAACAAAAUGACACAUUCCAAUAAAAUGUCAAAACACAUUUUGUCACAUGACAAAAAAUGCCACAUGGCAAAAUCAAUUCUGCCACAUGGCAAAAAAAUGCCACAUGGCAGAAUCAUUUUUUUCAGAUGGCAAAAAAAAUGACACAUAACAAAGAAAAAGCGCCACAUGGCAAAAUCAAUUUUGCCACAUGGCAAAAAAAAAGUGCCACUUGACAAAAAAAAAAUGCCACCUGAUAAAAUCCAUUUUGCCACAUGGCAAAUACCACUUUUGGUUCUCGCGCUCUCAAAAAGUUACUAAAAAAAAAAUAGUCGUGGCCUCAGCGUGUCGCUGUUGUUACCUCACACUUGCCGUAAAAGAGGAGGAGCCGAGUCAAACGCUUGCUUGCGUGGACUUUGUCGUCACGCUGGCGUGUCGUGCAGCUCGCGUGGAUGCCCACCCCCCUCCCACUACCCACCUUCUUCCCCAUCGGUCCCUCGGCUUGAUUGAGCGGAGCGAGUGGACGCUGCUGUCCGAACCCCAAACGCUGAUGUGGGCGUUGCGUUGAACGAGAAACCGUCACCAUCAUCUUCAGCCAUACUGGAUUCUUGCCGCUCUGCUAUGCCUCCUCACUUUUCGCGUUGACAGUCUUGUCGUCUUCGGCAUGGGUUCCCGCAGCCAAGGCUUCUUCCCCCACCACCAUCACCAACGCAGCUCGUCGGCGGCGCCCCCGCUGUCGACGGUGCCCCGGCUCCUGCCCGAAGGCGGCAUGGCCCAGAUCACGCCGGGCCUGUUCCUGAGCCGCGGAAACGUGGCGUCCAACCGCGGCCUGCUGCUGUCCAAGGGGAUCACCUGCGUGGUCAACGCCACGCUGGAGCUGCCCAACUUCAACUGGCCGCACGUGGAGUACGUCAAGGUGCCGUUGGCCGAUGCGCCUCACUCGCCCAUCUCGCUCUACUUUGACGGAGUGGCCGACAAGAUUCACAGCGUGGGCCGCAAGCGCGGCGUCGUCUUGGUGCACUGCGCGGCGGGCGUCAGCCGCUCUGCCUCGCUGUGCCUGGCCUACCUCAUGAAGUACCACCGCGUGUCGCUAGCCGACGCCCACGCCUGGGUGAAGGCCCGCCGCCCCGUCAUCCGGCCCAACGGCGGCUUCUGGCGCCAGCUCAUCGAGUAUGAACGCAAGCUCUUCGGAAGGAACUCUGUCAAGAUGGUGCAGACGCCCUACGGGGUCAUCCCUGACGUCUACCAGAGAGAACGCCGCGGCCUGGCACCCUACUGGGGACUGUGAGGCGCGGUUUCGCUCCAUGUCGUGUUUUUUUGGGCUGUGCUUGUCAUGAUGUCAAUUGUACGGUAGCAUUUUGGAGAGCGGCGUGCAGUGAACCCUCGAGGCUCGCCCUUAACUCAUUGGCUGCCAGGUCAUAAAAAGGAACAGACAACAUAUGACGUAUGAAUGACCUUUAUGUGAAAAAACGGUUGCUCAAAUAAUUUAAGUAUGCAAAUUUUUUUUUUUUUUUUCAAUCUGAGAAGAGAAACUAACGUUUAAAGGGAUCCACGGAUAGAAAGACUUGCAGUUCUUAAAAGAUAAGCCUUAUUUUGAGUUAAAGUAAUGUGUUAUUAAACCCUCUCUUGAUGUUUUUGUUUUUAUACAAUUUGUAAAAUUAGUUGAAUUGUAGGUCGUAGUGGUGUGCAAUCUUAGGCACCCCACGAUUCGAUUCGAUUUUGAUGAUCGAUGAUCACGGUAUUGACGAUGAUCACGGUUAUCACGAUUAUCGAUGCAUCGUACAUUACUAAAUAAUAUAGUAGACAAACAUUAUUUAUUUAAAAUAUCCUAAUGAUUUAACAGGAACGAUGGAAACAUGCCCAUACAACAAAAACCUGCCCUUAAGCUGCUUUUUUAUUCAUUUAUUUAUUUAUUUUUACAAGAAAGUGCAAAAACCUUAAACAUUUUAAAGGGAGUACUUAUAUCACUCAACAAUACAAUAAAAUGUACACAGGUGGAAUUAAUUCCACAUUUUCUGGAAACAAACUUUGUUAUUGGUUAAAAGAAGUGUUUUCACAGAUUUCUGUACCAUUUCGCAUGUUUGUAGUGUUACCGCUGUACUUAAUCAUGGUUUUACACGUUCUGCAUAUGAAAUACACGUGAGCGAAUUAGCUAAUUAGCUUAGCGCUCGGGGCUAACUAUUAACACCUAAAAAACAACAACAAUAAAGGCUAAACAGUACAAGAGGGUUCGUGUACUCACCUCUUGUUGAUGCACACGGGUCUUAGCAACACACUCAGGAUAUUUUUCAAUUGACAUGACUUGGAACUACAGCUGGACAUCUGAAAGACGAGGAGCAACAAACUAUCUUCCCCUCUUGCUCUAAAAAAUAACGUGCGCACAGCACACUUCUGUCCCUGCCUGUCUCAUACACAAAUUUAUUUUCCAGUCUUUUGAAAAACACAAUCUCUCAGUCAGUUACAGGCAGCAUCCGUUAUAACGUGCGUACGUCCGUUAAAGGUGUCCGGGCGGCAGACGUGUCUUGAAUUUUGUUCCGCUACGAGCGACUGUCAUAAAGUUAUGAGGGAAAAUCGUUUUUGAGCCUUUAUGAAUCGUAAUCAAAUCGUCACGUGUCGAAUCGCGAUGCAUGUAAUCAUUGAUUUUUUUGGAACUCCUCUAGUAGGUCGACGUUGUUGACGUCGCAAGGGCGGUGACAUAAGUGGGUUACGCUGCCAGGCUUCCAGAGUAUGACUAGCGAUAUAAACAUGUCAUUUGUUCAACCCUUUCAAUUUGAACCCGAGAGGAACAUUAUUGAGCAUGACAGCACUGUCAAUUUUUCACAAAACGAGCAGCAAAAGCAAAACGAACAGGAACGACAGGAUGCAAGGAGACAAGAGUAGGAAAAAUCGGGUGUUCUGCCUAAAUGUGCUACACUGGUGAAAUGUGGCGAAGAAAGAGACAAGAAAGGCGAAUUUGACACUCUAAGUCCGACUAUGCACUUUCAGCUUAUUUUGUUUUUUGAUAAAUACAGACAGAACAUACUAAAUAGGCCUUAAGAAAAUAGUUAAACAUAGUAAUAUCAAACAAGAGUGGUUUAAGUAUGCUACCUGAUAGAGCUGGGAAUCUUUGGGCACCUAACGAUUCGAUUACGAUUACGAUUCAGAGGCUCCGAUUCGAUUAUAAAACGAUUAUUGAUGCACCCCCCUCCUUUUUUUUAAAAAUUUAUUUAUUUAUUUAUUUAUUUUUAUGUUUUGUACUUUAGUUCCAAAAUUGUUCAAAAAUACUUUCAGGCUAAACCAAACUACUAUUUCAGUAUCAAGUCAACAUAUAGCAGUAAACAAAUAUACAAAAAUAACAGUAAAUAAAAAAAACUUUAGUCCCCAUUCUGUAUCAGCUGCUUUAAACUACAUUCAAUUAAUUUAAUGUUGUGAAUCAACCGUUAAAGUUGUUAAAAUUGCUCCAGUUAUUUCAUAAUUUCCCUUUUGUCUACUUUCGACAUGUGAAAGUUUUAAAACUAUUUUAAAGAUAGAUUCAAGUCAAUAUUUUACCGAUUUAGGAGUAUUUUGGAUAAAAAGUUAAUUAGGUUUGCUUGGAAGGUUCGCUACAACAGCCUUGCAGGGACGUGUACUGCUUUAAGAUGGCGGCCAUUUACUAACGCCCACAUCUAGCUUUUUGUAGGUGUGCUGCUAACGCUACCGAAUCAAUACUGCACCUAGUCCUAUAUAAAUGAUAUCUACCGUAACAUUAUGCAACUUUGUUGCAGCUUUUCGGCAGCAGUCAGGUAUGUUGUUGUGUUUUUUUUAUCUCGUGGCAUGAGUUGAGCUAGAGCCGUGAGUUGAGCAUUGGCAUUACCCGAGGGGCCGGGUAAUGAGAAGCAUGAUGUUUAGCUACUCUCGCUCCGUUCCUCAUUGACCGCGCGGCGCACUGAGUGUGUUGUAUUUCGCUUUACUUGGCAUAUUUCAAUAAUCGGAAUUUGGAUGUUUGUGAAUCGUUCUCGAAUCUUCCACGGCCGAAUUGUGAAUAAUCUAAGAAUCGGAAAUUUUGCACACCUCUACUACCUGACUAGUGUGGUCAACAGAUCAACAGUCUGCUUUAAAGCUACCACAAGAAAACAGUUUAGCAAAAAGCUUAGAAGUAUGAGAAGGAAAUCCAUGCGAAAAGUAUUUUGAGGCAGUGAAAAGGUAAUAAAAGACUCAAUAAAAACACAACACUCGCCGCUUUUAACCGCUGAGCGCAUGUGUUGGAUGUUUCGCCGCGUAGAAGGAAUGGCAGAAUACCGGUAGUGUUCGUCCAGUGACAGUGAAACUACGUCAUCACCCCGAGUGUCCAUUGCGCGCAUAAAACAUGACACCCUCUGUAGGUCAAAACAUGUACUACAUAUAGAAUUUUAAAAAGAUGGCAAUGUUUUAUGUGUCUCCAAUAACAUAUUUUAGUAAAAUAGAACAAUUGUGGCUUAUUACAGCCUACAAGUCUUUAAGUCCGAGGUUCCCUUUAAGGGCAAGUGACCUUUUUUUUUUUUUUUUUUUUUUUUUUUUUAAAUAACAAAAA